CCGUCUUCUGCCCUCCCUCCUCUCCCACCACCACCCUUCCUGUUGCUGCAAAGCCCUCACCGGCUUCUCACGCUUCUCUCCUCCAGAUUAUCCUCCCACACAUGCGAUAAUGCUUUCGCGGUCUACCAUCAGUCGAAAUGCGCCCCGUGCGCUCCAGAGCGCUGCCAGCCGUCGGGCCAUGGCCUCUGCUGCGACCCCCGGUCUUCAGUUCGAUGUCUCUGAGUCUGCUGGCGUGAAGGUUGCCAACACGGAACCUGCUGGUCCUACUGGCACCCUGGCUCUGGUUGCAAAGGCGGGUUCCCGCUACCAGCCCUUGCCUGGCUUCUCCGAUGCCCUCGAGCACUUCGCUUUCCAGUCUACACUCAAACGUUCAGCCCUGCGGAUCACCCGGGAGGUUGAGCUUCUGGGCGGUGAAUUUUCCUCGACACACUCGCGUGAAAACAUUGUCCUCCAGACCAAGUUCCUUGCAAAUGAUCUUCCCUACUUUGUGGAAUUGCUGGCAGAGGUUGCUUCUCAGACCAAAUUUACCGGCUACGAGUUGGAUGAGGUCGUUUCCAAGCUCCUGAAGCUCAGGCAGCAGGCCCUGGCGGCCAACCCUGAGGCUGUUGCUGUUGAUGCUGCUCACGGUCUGGCUUUCCACCGCGGCCUGGGCGAGAGCGUCAGCCCCUCGACCACCGCCCCCCUGAACAUUUCCGCCGAGGCUCUCGCUGAGUUUGCCCAGCAGGCCUACGCCAAGCCUAACAUUGCUCUCGUCGGCAGCGGUGUCAACUCUGCUGAGCUCUCUAAGUGGGUUGGCGAUUUCUUCAAGGGUCUCCCCAGCUCUGGCACCUCCAGCCAGUACCAGCUCAAGCCCACCACUGCCUCCAAGUACUACGGUGGUGAGCAGCGUAUCUCCUCCAAGGCUGGCAACGCUGUUGUGAUUGCCUUCCCUGGCUCUGGUGCUGCCGGCACUGCUGCCUACCAGCCCGCUGCUUCCGUCGUCGCUGCCCUGCUUGGUGGUGAGUCCACUAUCAAAUGGACCCCCGGCUUCUCUCUCCUGUCCCAGGCCACCCAGGGCUUCUCUCAGGUCCGCGCCUCGACCAAGAACUAUGCCUACUCCGACGCCGGUCUCCUUGCCGUCACCCUUAGCGGAAAGGCCGACCAGGUCGCCUCUGCCAGCAAGAGCGUCGUCGACGCCCUUAAGAAGGCCGCCGCCGGUGAGGUUGCCAGCGAGGAAAUCAAGAAGGCUGUUGCGCUCGCCAAGUUCCGUGCCCUUGAGUCCGCCCAGACCCUCGAGACCGGUCUCGAGGCCACUGGCUCUGCUCUCAUCAACGGCAGCAAGACCGUCCAGAUCAGCGAGGUUGCCCAGAGCUUCGAUGGUGUGACCGAGGCCCAAGUCAAGGAGACCGCCAAGUCUCUCCUCUCCGGCAAGGCCUCCGUCGCCACUGUUGGAGACCUCUUCCAGCUCCCCUACGCCGAGGACCUGGGCCUGACCGUCUAAGAGUUUUCCUCCAACCACGCACGCCCCACGAACCCUCAAAACCAAUGUACACAAUACAUGCUAGACUGGCUUGAUUGAAGAAAGAAGGAAGAGAGAAAGGGAGGGGGGAAAAAAAAAAAUAUUUACAAAGCGUCGCUGCCAACUUCUCAUGUGUCUAGAUAAAUCUCCGCAGAUAUCUCUUUCUCUUUUUUUUUUUUUUUUUUU